AUGCCAUCUUUUUGGUCUAUUCCCCUGCCACCAGGUCUUGGUUGCAUGGGCGGCCCAGGCCCACACAACUCCCCUUACCUACAAUUAUGUCACCUCGUCACGAGCCUCUUUUCCUCCUCCUCCUCCUCCUCCUCCUCCACACCAUUUGUCCCACCAUCGGGCCCACCCGAACCCCAUCCUCCGGGUGUCCAAACGUGGCUUAAUUUGCUUUUAUCCGGUCACCUUGUCGCUACCCUGCCUACCCUUUGCAUCCCUCAAUGGUGCCAGAGUAAGCCGUCAGGUUGCCGCUUGUCUCGUCGAGACGGGCCGAUCGGAGCCACAUGCACUACCGGACCGAUUAGGCGCCUUCACCACCAACUGGGCUCGGCUACCGUCCUCACGGACAGGGAUCCAAUCGAUGUGAGGACUGUUUAUCUCUUGGUACGUCAAACACAUGCGCCGGAAGUGUCGGCGGAGAGAGCAGGCAAGAAAAGUCCAGCCGGCCAGACUGGUUGUCAGGCUGGUUGCCUCGAGGCCAAAAUUGCCUGA